AAAAAAAAAAAAAUAAAUAAAUAUAAAAGGGAAACGAAACGAAAAACAAAAAUAAAUUGCUUAAUAAGAAAGCCAUGUUGUUGUUGAGUGCUGUUAUAAAAUAAAGCUUUAAUUCAAACACGAAAUAAAAAAUUUUAAUUUAAUUAUGGACUCUCUGGAACGUAUAAUGCGUGCGGCUCCUUUGCCGCGCGCUUUAAGUGUUAACUCAGCAAAUACAAAAGGACAACAACGUGCUCUGGUUCAUGCCUCCUUGGCUGCUGCUACUGUUGGUCGCAAAGGUAGACAUUUAACGGGUACGUUUUGUCUAACCGGCGACACAAUGGAGGGUAUAAUCCAAUGCUUAGUCUUCCUGAAAGCAUUUUCGCUCGUUGGUGGUGAAUUUGAUAUGGAAUUAAAUUUUGUCAUACAAGAUGCACAGAAUAUUAAACACAUGUUAGAAUUAUUGGAUCAUUGUCCAUCCAAUCUGCAGGCGGAAAUAUGGAGUGUCUUCAUUGCAAUUUUACGUAAAAGUGUUCGCAAUUUACAAGCCUGUACAGAUGUUGGCCUCAUCGAGCAUGUCCUCGUGCGUCUACAACGUUCGGAAACAGUUGUGGCUGAUCUUCUUAUCGAAAUGUUGGGUGUUUUGGCGAGUUAUAGUAUUACUGUUAAAGAACUAAAAUUACUGUUUGGUACGAUGAAAGCUGUAAAUGGUAAAUGGCCUCGACACUCGGCAAAGCUGUUAAAUGUUUUAAGACAAAUGCCUCAUCGCAAUGGUCCGGACGUAUUUUUUAGCUUCCCAGGACGUAAAGGAUCUGCAAUGGUUCUACCACCAUUGGCUAAAUGGCCAUAUGAGAACGGUUUUACAUUUACAACAUGGUUUCGUUUGGAUCCUAUUAAUUCUGUGAAUAUUGAACGUGAGAAACCCUACCUCUAUUGUUUUAAGACAUCAAAAGGUGUUGGAUAUUCCGCCCACUUUGUUGGCAAUUGCCUGGUACUAACCUCAAUGAAAGUUAAGGGCAAAGGAUUUCAACAUUGUGUAAAAUAUGAAUUCCAACCUAGAAAGUGGUACAUGAUAGCAAUUGUGUACAUUUACAACCGCUGGACAAAAAGCGAAAUAAAGUGCCUGGUUAAUGGACAAUUAGCGUCCAGUACUGAAAUGGCGUGGUUUGUCUCAACAAACGAUCCAUUUGACAAAUGUUAUAUAGGGGCUACACCCGAGUUGGAUGAAGAACGUGUCUUUUGUGGUCAAAUGUCUGCUAUAUAUUUAUUUAGUGAGGCUUUGACUACUCAACAAAUUUGCGCAAUGCAUCGUCUUGGGCCAGGUUAUAAGUCACAAUUCCGCUUCGAUAAUGAGUGCUAUUUGAACCUGCCGGACAAUCAUAAAAGGGUGAGUCAACAACAGUUACUACAGCAACAACAAACACCAACCCAACAUACCGCCGCAUUGUUAUUAGCCGAAGCCGAUGUCCAAUCGAUUGAUUGGGCGGAUGAAAAGUUAGACCUGCAAGCUGCAUUUGCAAAGAUACGUACUGUCUUGGCAGCUCGAAGUGCUAAUGCAAAUGCUGUCUUACAGGCCUUAACGGUUGGAGGCAGUGGAUCAACUGCAAACUCAACCGAGGUCCACUCCUCAUCGGCUACGGUAAACGCAACAUUAGGCCAAACCAGUUUACAAAAUAACAAUAGUCCAAAUACAACAACCAUAGGCGAAACGACAACAAUAACAACUAGUGAAAGUCAUUUGUCUAAAAUCACCGAUUCUUUAAGUCACAUGCCCAUUAGUUCGGCUUCCCCUCUUGAUCAAUUACGUCGAAUGUCUUCUUCGUCUAUUAGCACUUUGGACUACAUGAAAUCCUUUGCUGGUGAUGUGGAAGAAAUUAAUCAGUUAAAGGCUGUUCUAUAUGACGGUAAAUUAUCUAACGCCAUUGUAUUCAUGUACAAUCCAGUGGCAACCGAUGGUCAACUAUGUUUACAGUCAGCACCCAAAGGAAAUGUAUCAUACUUUGUACAUACACCACAUGCACUUAUGUUACAAGAUGUUAAAGCUGUUAUUACACAUUCCAUACACUGUACAUUAAAUUCUAUAGGUGGUAUUCAAGUUUUGUUUCCACUUUUCUCACAAUUGGAUAUGGCCCAUGAGGGAAUUGGCGAUAUGAAACGUGACCCAACAUUGUGCUCGAAGCUUUUAGGUUUUAUUUGUGAGUUGGUUGAAACUUCACAAACCGUGCAGCAGCACAUGAUACAAAAUCGGGGUUUUUUAGUUAUAUCAUUUAUGCUGCAACGAUCGUCUAGAGAACACUUAACUCUAGAGGUGUUGGGCUCAUUUCUUAAUCUAACUAAGUAUUUAGUUACGUGUCUAUCGGCCAAUAGUGAUUUAUUGCUCAAACAGUUAAACAUGGGCUUGCGAUAUCCCUUUAAAAAAUUUUACCAGUUGUUUUGUUUUUCGUUUUUAACGUGGCAGCUUUUGGAUCACGUUUUAUUUAAUCCGGCAUUAUGGAUUUAUACCCCGGCGAAUGUUCAAGCUCGACUUUAUUCAUAUUUAGCCACAGAAUUUCUAAGCGAUACGCAAAUCUAUAGCAAUGUGCGACGUGUUAGUACUGUUUUACAGACAGUACAUACUUUAAAAUAUUAUUAUUGGGUUGUGAAUCCACGUGCUAAAAGUGGUAUUAUUCCAAAGGGGCUGGAUGGCCCUCGUCCAGCACAAAAAGAUAUCUUAGCAAUACGUGCUUACAUUCUAUUGUUUUUGAAACAAUUGAUUAUGAUAGGUCAGGGUGUCAAAGAAGAUGAACUGCAAAGCAUUCUAAAUUACUUGACAACCAUGCAUGAGGAUGAAAAUUUACACGAUGUUCUGCAAAUGUUAAUAUCGCUUAUGUCUGAGCACCCCAGUUCCAUGGUACCUGCUUUUGAUGUUAAACACGGCGUUAGAACCAUAUUUAAACUGCUGGCUGCUGAAAGUCAAUUGAUACGCUUACAAGCCCUUAAACUACUAGGAUUCUUUUUAUCGAGGAGCACUUACAAAAGAAAGUACGAUGUUAUGUCUCCUCACAACUUAUAUACACUAUUAGCGGAACGGUUACUUUUGUAUGAGGAGUCACUAUCGAUGCCAACGUAUAAUGUUUUAUAUGAAAUUAUGACCGAACAUAUAUCACAGCAUAUAAUGUACAACAGACAUCCAGAGCCUGAAAGUCAUUAUCGCUUAGAGAAUCCAAUGAUGCUGAAAGUAGUAGCUACUUUAAUUAGGCAGUCAAAACAAACUGAAUCUUUAAUUGAAGUAAAAAAACUAUUCCUGUCCGAUAUGACGUUACUAUGUAAUAGCAAUCGUGAAAAUAGACGCACAGUUCUACAAAUGUCCGUUUGGCAAGAAUGGCUAAUUGCAAUGGCUUACAUUCAUCCUAAAAAUACAGAAGAGCAAAAAAUUUCCGAUAUGGUAUAUUCAUUAUUUCGUAUGCUUUUACAUCAUGCCAUAAAAUAUGAAUACGGAGGCUGGCGAGUCUGGGUUGAUACAUUGGCCAUUGUCCAUUCGAAAGUUUCAUAUGAAGAGUUUAAACUACAAUUUGCUCAAAUGUAUGAACACUAUGAACGGCAGAGAACAGACAACAUAACUGAUCCCGCCCUAAGACAGGCGAGGCCGAUAAGUACCAUAAGUGGAUGGGAACGAGAAGAAUUACAGCAGCAACAACAUGGUAUUGUUCACAAUGCUCCAUCUGUUGCAUCCUUGGAAGAUGUUCCCCAAGUAGAUGAAGAUGGCGACGAUGAAAUAGAAACGGAAGAAUGUUUAAAUAAUAAUCCUGAGAAUGAAAUAGAUGAUGUCGAAACGGAAAGAGACGAAGUUGAAGGCAAAUGUGAUUGCGCUCUCGAAUCCGAAUCAUGUGGGAAGUCACCAGAUUCAACAAAAGAGACCAUCGUCAAUGAAACUGUCAAGUCUAGUAUAUCAAGUGUGAGCGACGUUUACAAUGAACACAUAAAAUCUGAGAUAACUGUCACUGCCGUUAACUGCAAUGGUAACUCACCCUCUUUCAAGAAUACGAGUGCUACCGCAACACCCGCCAAAACGAAUUCAUCCACAGGACAGGAGGCAUUAAAAGAAACGUUAAAUAUAAGCGAUUUAGAGGAUCUUGAAAUUGAAAAUGCUAAAGCAGAAUCAGAAAGUAAUGAUGCUUACAUUGAAUCAGUUUUACAAAAAUCUGAGAAAUCUUUAGCCGACUGCAAACUAUUGGCCGACGAAUUGCAGGAAGCAUCAUCAGUUAUAAAGGAUGAAGAAAUUGAGUUAGCCGUCAACGAAGUAGUACAGGGUGUAUUAAAUAAUGAGAAGAAACAAAUCAAAGAACCGUCCUCAGAACAUUCAUUAAAAAUAUCGGAAGACAAUGCAACUCAUACAAAAAUAACUCAGCUCAAUACCAAAAAUUUGCUAAACAACAAUAUUUCUGAUACAACUGCUGACCAGUUACCCACAGAAAUAAACGCAAAUACUGACAAUACAAACGAACUGCCUGAUGAAGGUGAGGGCUCCAAAAAGACUGAACAAACCGUGGUUACUGAAGAGAAUAAAUUGAAUAACAAUGCAAUGCCGACAGCAAUAGAUAAGGCAACAGUGACACCAAAAGUGUCAGACCAAGUACCAAAUGAUGCAGCCGAAAUAGAAGUCAGUUCGUCUUUAUCUACUACAGUUGAAACUACGGAAGAAAUAUCUUCACUUAGUCCUGAAACAACAGUAUCAAGUGCUUCGAUGAUGGAUGAACCGUUGGCAAAUUUGCAAGAAUAUACCGCUGAAGUUACCACAGUCAAAGACAUUGUUGAUGAAUUAAUAGAUAAAGUAAUUGAGAUUUCCUCAAAAGACCAAACUCUAGAACAAUUUGAAAACAAAAAUCCUAAUAAUAUUUAUGAAAAGAUCGAUGAAAAACAGAAUACAAAUUUUGAUACUAACGAAGAACUGUCAUCGGAAGAAUUUCUUAGUGAAACCGCUAAAGAAAUUAUUGAAGAUGUUAUACAAUCAGCUUUAGAUAAAGCUAUUCCUUUAGAUUCACCAUCGGAUAGUAAUUGUAUUAGUGAAAAGGAACAACUUGCUAACGAAAAUAAUCAAAAUGUGGUUAAUAUAGUGCAACCUGUUGUUGAUGAUCUAGUAGAACAGACCGUUUCCGCAAUAGUAGACUCAGCCGAGAAAAAAGUGUUAGAGGAGCAUAAGAGGGAAAUACUGGAAUCUAAAGAUCAAAAUGUGUUAGAAUUAGAAAAUUCAGAUUUAAUAUCACAUACUGAUGACAACACAAAAAUACAUGAUUUAUCACACGAUAGUGUUAGUCAGGAGACUCAAACAAAUCAGUCAAUAGACUACAUAGAAGAACCUAUAUCAUCUCAGGACACUCAUCAGCAACCUCAACAGAAACAACAAAGUGCCAGUACACAGGUUGAGAACCAACAUUUCGAUGAUACGAAACAACACAACUAUCCACAACAACAACAGCAACCGCAGCAUCAACAACAACGUCCCAAAUCUGGUUCAACUCGUCCAAUGUUUAGCCCUGGCCCCACUCGUCCGCCUUUCCGUAUACCAGAAUUCAAGUGGUCAUACAUUCAUCAACGAUUGCUGUCGGAUGUUCUCUUUUCUUUGGAAACGGAUAUACAAGUCUGGCGCUCACAUUCUACAAAGAGUGUACUGGAUUUUGUCAACUCGAGCGAGAAUGCAAUAUUUGUUGUGAAUACGGUACAUUUGAUAUCACAACUAGCAGAUAAUUUGAUAAUUGCCUGUGGUGGCUUAUUGCCUCUGUUGGCCUCUGCAACAUCGCCAAAUUCUGAACUUGAUGUUCUUGAACCAACUCAAGGUAUGCCCCUUGAAGUUGCCGUUUCAUUUCUGCAGCGUCUUGUUAACAUGGCUGAUGUAUUAAUUUUUGCAACGUCGUUGAAUUUCGGGGAACUGGAAGCCGAAAAGAAUAUGUCUAGUGGUGGAAUAUUAAGGCAGUGCCUACGCUUAGUUUGUACUUGUGCAGUACGCAAUUGCCUUGAGUGUAAGGAACGUUCACGAUAUAAUGUUGGCGCAAUGGCACGAGAUGUGCCUGGAGCUGCCCAUCUACAAGCACUCAUACGUGGUGCUCAAGCUUCACCCAAGAAUAUUGUUGAAUCAAUAACAGGCCAGUUGUCCCCAGUUAAGGAUCCAGAGAAAUUGCUACAAGAUAUGGACGUAAAUCGAUUGAGAGCUGUUAUAUAUAGAGAUGUUGAGGAAACAAAACAGGCUCAGUUUUUGUCAUUGGCGAUUGUGUACUUUAUAUCAGUUUUAAUGGUGUCGAAAUAUCGUGACAUUCUAGAGCCACCAGCUGAGCCUCAAGUUCAAAGGCAAUCACCUGUUAUGCAAAGAUCUACAGGCGAAUCGUCAGGUCGUCCAUUGUUUCCACAGUGGUCACAUCAUGUGUACCCACAAUUUCUGCCCGGAACACAUCAUAAUCAUAUAACAGCAUCAAAUAUGCAACAACAGCCUACAAUGCAACAUCAACCACAUCACCAACAACAACUAUACUAUCAACAACAAAUGCCAUCGCCGCCACAUCAUCCUCAGCUUCAACAGCAACAAACAAGUCACUUACAACACAAUCAUCAUCACGUGACACAUCAACAACAACAUCAGCUGCAACAACAGCAUCAACAAUAUUACCAAAGUCAUAAUCAUACAAUAAGUACUACUUCUUAUGCAACCCAUUGCCCGUCACCUCCUUUAGCAACACAAUCGACAAGUCCUUCAACCUCUUCAACGAAUACAUCGCAGCCAGCUUCAACAUCUUCUCUUUCAAGUUUGGCUUCACAGCCUCAUCAUAGACAUGGACAAAAACAUCAGUACCAUCAUCAACAACAGCAACAACAUUCUACAGCAUCGGGUCACUACAGUAUGAUGAAUGGUAAUCAAGUGUUAAAUGGUAAAAUUUCAACACCACAACAAAAUCAACAACAGCAGGAUCACAAUGGAAUCAUCGGUGGUGUAGUAAGUGGCAGUGGAAGUAGUGGUGGAAAUGUUGGAAUAGAUAUGGGUAGUAUGUCUUAUCACCAUCACUCACAACAAUCAUACAUGCGUACAUCGUCAGGCUUGAUGAUUAAUGGUAUAAAUGGCACCACAUCUCAUCCGAACGGCAUUGUUGAUUACCACACACAACACGUCAUGAUAAACGGCCUUGCUACCAAUCCCGUUGCAAAUGGUAACAAUACCAACAGUAGCGGUAGCUUCGUCUGUGGCAGCAAUAAUAAUGGCAAUAAUCACAAUUCUAUGGCCAUCAUAAAUAAUGGCCGUCACAUACGUAAUGGUCAUGUUUUGGGAUCAGGUGCUGUUGUUAGUGGUGCUGGUGGGAUGCAUGUAGGUGGUUUAGGAAUUGCUGCGUCAUCUGCAGCCGCAUCAUCAGCAGCACCUUUAGGAGCUACAGUAUAUAAAAACAAUAACGGCAUUAAUAACAAUUAUCGCUAUAAUAGCCGUACCCCAACUGGAACAGCCGGCCGCACUAUCCAUGACGGAGACUACGAAAUCAUUGUUGUUGACGAAAAUAAUCCCUCUGUGUUAGCAGAUAAUGAUUCGCAUUCCAGUGGACCACCUUCAAUAAAGAGUCCCAAAUUGCAACCAAAGUCCCAAACAAAUGUUACUACAAAUACAACAUCCGAAACUACAGUGGCCACUUCCACAAAUCCAACUACAAUUAAUUCAGUAUUAUUGAGUAAUAAUAAAUUAAACAAACUACAAAAACAGCCAUUGUCGCCGCCCACACCCGUUGUACCACAAAAAUUACCCAAGAGUGAUUCGGAAUGUAAUUCACUGAAUAUGAACUCAACUGAAAACGAAGUUCCUGAAGUGGAAUCAUCAAGUGAAAUUAUGGUUGAUGAUAAUAGUAAGCCCAUGAAUUCAAAUGAUGAAAGCUGGACAGAUGUCAAUUUAAAUGAAGAUGCAAGUGUACAGGCGUCAGCUACAGGUAUAAUGAUGUCCGGUGAUGCAAAGAUGCGGGCUAUGGGUGGUAUGCAUUCAGCGCAUGGCAGUCAUAUACAAAAUACUUCACAUGUUGUCGGUGGCGGCGUCAACGAAAGAGGAGAUAAACCGGAUUCGGAAAUUUCUGUAGUUAGAGUGCCAGAUGGUUAUGCGAAUGCAACAGGCGUAUCUGGUAAUGGUGGAAAUGUUGGUGCACAAAGAAGUUCAAGAGCAGAGGAUUUGCCUAUGAAACCACCUUUAGUCGGUCAAUUGCCCAUGACUACUCCAUCGCGAGAGGCUAGUCUUACGCAGAAGUUGGAAGUGGCUUUGGGACCCGUAUGUCCUUUGCUAAGAGAAAUUAUGGUGGAUUUUGCACAUUACUUAUCCAAGACUUUGGUGGGCUCUCAUGGACAGGAGUUGCUGAUGGAAGGCAAGGGUUUAACUACAUUUAAGAACUCGCACUCUGUAGUGGAGCUGGUGAUGUUGCUUUGCUCACAGGAAUGGCAAAACAGUUUGCAAAAGCAUGCAGGACUUGCUUUCAUUGAACUUAUUAACGAGGGUCGCCUACUGUCACAUGCCAUGAAAGAUCACAUUGUGCGAGUAGCAAAUGAAGCUGAAUUUAUUUUAAAUCGUAUGAGAGCUGAUGAUGUUCUAAAACACGCAGAUUUCGAGUCGCAAUGUGCACAAACUUUGUUAGAGAGAAGGGAGGAAGAACGGAUGUGUGAUCAUUUGAUUACUGCAGCUCGACGAAGAGAUAAUGUUAUUGCCAGUAGAUUAUUAGAAAAAGUUCGCAAUAUUAUGUGCAACAGACAUGGUGCCUGGGGAGAUUCUUGUGGUAGCGUCCAAAAGCAAACCUACUGGAAGUUGGAUGCGUGGGAAGAUGAUGCCAGAAGACGUAAACGUAUGGUACAAAACCCCAGAGGCUCUUCUCAUCCUCAAGCCACUUUGAAGGCUGCGCUAGAAAAUGGUGGUCCAGAAGAUGCAAUUUUACAAACUCGAGAUGAAUUCCAUACUCAAAUAGCUGUUAGCCGAGCUCACCAAGCUACCCAACACACUGCCGAUCUUUUAGACGAUGCUGAACUUCUAAUAGAAGACCGAGAACUCGAUCUAGAUUUGACUGGUCCUGUUAAUAUUAGUACUAAAGCGAAACUUAUUGCUCCUGGACUAGUUGCUCCCGGUACUGUAUCCAUAACAAGUACGGAAAUGUUCUUUGAGGUUGAUGAAGAACACAACGACUUCCAUAAAAUAGAGGCUGAAGUUCUCAAGUAUUGUGAUCAUUUACAUGGCAAAUGGUACUUUUCUGAAGUUAGAGCCAUAUUUUCACGACGAUACCUCCUGCAAAAUGUCGCUUUGGAAAUCUUUUUAGCCUCUCGCACUUCAAUUUUAUUCGCGUUUCCUGACCAACACACCGUAAAGAAGGUUAUUAAGGCUCUGCCGCGCGUAGGAGUGGGCAUAAAAUAUGGCAUUCCACAGACAAGACGAGCUUCGAUGAUGUCGCCACGUCAGUUGAUGCGUAACUCGAAUAUGACCCAAAAAUGGCAGCGCCGCGAAAUUUCCAAUUUUGAAUACUUAAUGUUCCUUAAUACCAUAGCAGGUCGCACAUACAACGAUUUAAAUCAAUAUCCUAUUUUUCCUUGGGUACUGACUAAUUAUGAAACCAAAGACUUGGAUCUCAGUUUACCGUCAAACUAUCGAGAUUUGUCAAAACCCAUUGGAGCUUUAAAUCCAUCAAGAAGAGCAUACUUCGAAGAAAGGUAUGAAUCUUGGGAAAGUGAUACAAUACCACCAUUCCACUAUGGAACUCACUACUCUACUGCAAGUUUUACACUUAAUUGGUUGGUAAGAGUGGAACCUUUCACGACUAUGUUCCUUGCACUGCAAGGAGGUAAAUUCGAUUAUCCAGAUCGCCUUUUCUCUUCAGUUAACCUCUCAUGGAAAAAUUGUCAACGCGACACUUCAGAUGUCAAAGAGCUUAUACCAGAAUGGUACUUCUUACCGGAGAUGUUUUACAAUUCAUCAAGUUAUCGAUUGGGCCACCGUGAGGAUGGAACGAUGGUCAAUGAUGUUGAACUGCCGCCUUGGGCAAAGACACCUGAAGAGUUUGUGCGCAUCAACCGCAUGGCUUUAGAAUCGGAAUUCGUCUCAUGCCAAUUACAUCAAUGGAUUGAUUUAAUAUUCGGCUAUAAGCAGAGAGGACCUGAAGCUGUUCGAGCCACCAAUGUAUUCUACUACCUGACAUACGAAGGCAGUGUAGAUUUAGAUGCAAUAGGAGAUCCUGUUAUGAGGGAAGCUGUUGAAAAUCAAAUACGCAACUUUGGCCAAACACCCAGUCAACUGCUGAUGGAACCUCAUCCACCCAGAAGUUCGGCAAUGCACUUAUCUCCGAUGAUGUUCAGUGCGAUGCCCGAUGAUUUAUGCCAAAUAUUGAAAUUUUAUCAAAAUUCUCCAAUCAUUCAUAUAUCAGCAAAUACGUAUCCACAACUAUCGCUGCCUUCAGUUGUUACUGUUACAGCAGGACAUCAAUUUGCUGUAAACCGAUGGAAUUGUAAUUACACGGCUUCCGUCCAAAGUCCUAGCUAUGCAGACUCCAGUCAACAGCAGGGAGCUAUGAAACCUUUAACAAUUGAUCCCGUCUUAACUGCUCAAAAUACAGCUAACAAUAAUCCAAUGAAUCGUAGACAUUUGGGAGAUAAUUUCAGCCAAAUGUUAAGAAUAAGAUCCAAUUGUUUUGUAGUUACCGUGGACAGUCGUUUUCUUAUAGCUUGUGGAUUUUGGGAUAAUAGUUUUCGAGUGUUUAAUACUGAAUCUGCUAAAAUCGUGCAAAUAGUUUUUGGCCAUUUUGGUGUUGUGACAUGUUUGGCACGAUCUGAGUGUAAUAUCACAUCAGACUGUUAUAUAGCUUCAGGUUCGGCCGAUUGUACUGUUCUGCUAUGGCACUGGAAUGCUCGCACACAAAGCAUAGUAGGAGAAGGUGAUGUUCCUACACCCAGAGCAACAUUAACUGGACACGAACAGGCCGUCACUUCGGUUGUGAUAAGCGCAGAAUUAGGUCUAGUGGUAUCAGGUUCUACAAAUGGGCCCGUUCUGAUUCAUACAACUUUCGGCGAUCUCUUGCGUUCUUUGGACCCUCCAAUGGAUUUUCACUCCCCAGAAUUAAUUGCCAUGUCACGUGAAGGUUUUAUUGUAGUCAAUUAUGACAAGGGUAAUGUGGCAGCCUAUACUAUAAAUGGAAAGGAAUUAAGACACGAAACCCAUAAUGAUAACCUACAGUGCAUGUUACUCUCACGCGAUGGUGAAUAUUUAAUGACAGCUGGCGAUCGUGGUAUUGUUGAAGUUUGGCGUACUUUUAAUUUGGCUCCUCUCUACGCUUUUCCAGCUUGCAAUGCCGGUAUUCGUUCAUUGGCUUUAACUCAUGACCAAAAGUAUUUACUCGCGGGUCUGUCUACUGGCUCAAUAGUUGUAUUUCAUAUUGAUUUUAAUCGGUGGCAUCACGAGUAUCAACAGCGUUAUUGAAUCAUCUAUAAUUUUUGUCAUUAAAUCAAAAAGAAACAACACAUUAUAAAAACAUCAAGAACAUGGGGUGCAAAGCGUAAGUCCAUUCGUACUUAUAAUUCUAAAUAAUUUUAGUUAAAUACGUAUCUGUUUUUAUGAAAGUAAAAACUUAGAUUUCUUUAGGUUAGAGAGUAUAAAUUCCAACAAAAAAUUACUUUUAUUUCGCUUUAACAUUCAGAAGUAAUAAUGAAGGAACCAUGUUCCAAAUAAUUUUAGACAUUAUCUAACUCCAAAAAUUGAAGAAAAAACAAAACACUAAACAUAGCAUAGAAUGAGUUACAAUUGAAACUAAGUGGCCAAAAGUGAACGUACUAAAGUAGUAUUAAUACAAAACAAUUCAUAAUUAUAAAAAAUAACAAUUUAUUAAAUUAAAAAAGCAAGUGUUAAAGAGCAUUUAGUGUUAACUGAAAAAAAAAAAACCUAUUAAGGCUUAUACUAGAAGGUUUUUAAAUUAAAUAUAAUGCACUUUUAAUUUUUAUACAUAAAAAGUUAAAAAAUCUACACACACCCUCUGAUAUAUACAACGCAACAGAUACACAAACCUUUUGUACAUAACAAAUAAUACAUAUUUUUAACAAACUUAAAAAAGAAAUCAAGAUUUCCUUUAAAAACGUUACAAAUAAACAAAAAUAAAUUAAUUAAUUUUAUGUUUAAAAUUCGUCCAUUAUAAAAAGAAAAUAAUAUUUAGAAAUACAUAAACUUUGAGUAUUUUAUACAUUGUGUGUGUUAAGUAUUCAGAAAAAAAAACGUCCAAUUAUUUUUUGUUGUUGUCUAUGAGACUUUGUUUCUUUAGUAUAUCCUUAACUUAUUUAUCCUCAAUCCCUCCAGAGUUGGGUUAUUUUAACCCCUUUUUUCUAUCUCUCUGUAAUUAUUUAAUCGUCUUUAAUCCUAUUGAAAUUGGUUGUUAUUUUUUUACUAAGUAUAGACAAACAUAAAAAUAUACUACUUCUGUACAAUAUCGUCAGCUGAAAUGCAUUUUCAGAUUACUUACAGAAAACAAACUAUUUGCAUUUAUAAAGUAUUUUUUAUGAUAUGGCUUUUAAUAAAAUGUGUCACAAUUUAUUUCAAAACUUGUUUUAAUUUUGUUAUAAUUACGAGGAUUUGUAUUUCAGCUAAAGAUAUUUAUGUAUAAGUAUAAUUUAGAUAUAAUAUUUAAAUAAUAUUUAGUUCAACACUAGGAAAUUUGUAAAACAACAAUAUCUAAAAAAUCAUUAACAUUUAUUUAAAAAAUAUUGUCGUAUGCACCAUAAGUAUAUGUUUCAAUUAUUGAUUACUUGUUUUAUCGCUUUAUCAUACUUAAAUAUAUAUUUGUCUAAUAUUUUUUUAUUCCCAACCUGAAUGAUUUAAAUUUUUCAUAAACAAGAAAAACAAAAGUCACAACACGCGCAUUUUAAAGAAUAUUUUUAGUGCAUGAAUGUAUUUUAAAAAUACAUAAAAACAAUUUUUAAUGUAAUUACAACUAUUCUGUCCACAUUGCAAUUUUUUAUUCAUGUUUAAAGUAAAAAAUAAAUAAAAAAAUUAUUACAAUUAAAGAAACAAAAAAAUAGAAAAGUAAAAUAUAUAAAUACAUAUGUUUAUGUAAAUAAGUAAUAAUUAAUUAAUACUAUUUAAUUAUUAUUAUAUAUGGUGAGGGGUUUGUUUUCAAACAAAUAAAUUUAUUUCAACAAAAUAAUAAUUAAUGUAAAUAUAGCUUAGAGAAUCAAAUAAAAAUUAAACGAUUGAAGGUUAUGUACUUAAAAUAUGCCUAUGAAUAUUUUUUGAUUUAUUUCUUUUUUCUUAUAAAUGCAUAUAAACAAACAUGCAUACAAGCAAACAAACAUACAUCUAUUUACAUCGUACAUAUUUAAAAACAAAAACAAUAAAACAAGAUAUUAUAAAAGCGUUGCCUCAAACUUUUAUUAUUGAAAAUUAAAAUUGGCUGACUAGUACUUUUGAAUAAAUAAAUUUAUUAACAUACAAGCACUACAAAGUAAUAAUUACAAAAAAUAUCUCGUUUGGGAAAUGAUAAACAAAUCUAACUACAUACAUACAUACAUACAAAAGUACUUAAUAAUAAAAAGUUUAAUUAAUAUUCCCAAAGGUUUAACAUAGUUUUUUAAUUAAAGCUUUUUUUGCUGCAAAGAAUUUUUAAGAAAUCAAAAAAUAAUAAUAAUAAUAAAAGUAAAAUAUUAAAUAUAUUUUGUCAAUCAUGUUAAAAGUUUACUAAAUACAAAGUAAAAGCUAAAAUCAGAUAAUUAAAGACAAAGAAUUUUAUAUAUAUGUAUAUAUAUAUAUAUUCAUGCAUAUAUAUACGAUAAAUUAUUUGCUAAAACAAUUAUAAAUAAAUAAACAAAAAUAAAUAAAUAUUAAGUCAUGUGAAGCCUAUAACUCUUAUGUGCAAAUGCAAAACAAAUUAAACAUAAAAUUAUACAGAAAUAAAAUUACAAAAAAUAUUUGAAAACCAAACCAGAAAUGGCGAAGUUUUAUAAAUUAUUAGAGUACUUGAAGACAUAAAAAUUAUUUAAAAUUUGAUAGAAAUAAAAUAAAGCGAUAAAUAAACACAUUUUACCACACUGAAAGCACACACCCACACACAUUCAAGCAUGGAAAAACACAAUGCAUAUGCUAUGAAAAUAAGUAAUUAAUACAAUUAAUAUGAUUAUGUUCAAUAAAAUAAAUUCAAAAGACAA